UGAGAACGGCUGUGCCGGAGACUCCCGGUGAACACCCUGCGAAGGGGACGCUCCUCCUCAUCCUCCUCCUCGGGCGGCUCCCAGCCCUGGGCAUCCCGGACCCCUCGGAGAGCUCACAGGCUUCCGUGUGCUUGGCUUUGAGUUGUGGAGAAGCUGCAUUGGCCACAGGGGCUGCCAUGGCUCAGCUGCCCAAUGACUCCUGGCACAACAACUCCGCCCUGAUCUUCGCGGGCCUGGACCUGCUCCUGGAGCUGAAGCCGCUCUUCAUCCCGCUCUACGCCACGCUGGUGACGGUGGCGUGCAUCGGGAACCUCUUCCUCAUCCUCCUCAUCGCCCUCACCAAGAAGCUGCACUGCACCACCAACUUCCUGAUCGGCAACCUGGCGGUGGCCGACUUCGUCAUGUGCCUGGCCUGCGUCCCCCUGACCGCCGCCUACGCCUUCGAGGAGCGGGGCUGGCUCUUCGGCAUGUUCAUGUGCCACUUCGUCACCCUGCUGCAGGCUGCCACCGUCUUCGUGUCGGUGCUGUCCCUCACGGCCAUCGCCAUCGACCGCUACGUGGUGGUGGCGUACCCGAUCCGCCGGCGGAUCAGCCGCAGGGCCUGCCUGGGGCUCGUGGCCUGCAUUUGGCUGCUGGCCAUCGUGGCCUCGGUGCCCACCUCGCUGCACACCCACUACCUGGACCUCAACGCCAUCGGCCACGACAUGAUCAUCUGCGAGGAGUUCUGGAAGCACGAGGAGAGGGAGCGGCUGCUGUACUCGUGCCUGAUGCUGCUGCUCUCCUACAUGCUCCCGCUGCUGGCCGUGUCCGUCUCCUUCUGCGCCAUCACCUACCACCUGCGCAGGAGGAACGUGCCGGGGGCCGCCCGGCACUGCCAGGACAAGUGGACCAGGACCAAGCACAAGACCUUCCGGGUGCUCACCAUCUCCGUGGUCUGCUUUGCCGUCUGCUGGCUGCCUCUGCAGGUGGUCAACUUCAUCCGGGACAUCGACGAGGAGUUCACCAUCCUGGACAAGAGGUACGUCAACGUCAUCCAGGUCUCGUGCCACCUGAUCGCCAUGAGCUCUGCCUGCUACAACCCCUUCAUCUACGCCUCUCUCCACGACAAGUUCUGGUUCCACCUCAGCAGCUGCUUCUACCGCAAAAAGCAGAGCUCCAGGACCACGUCCUGCAAGGCUUCCCGCUUCAACACCUGCUCCACCCUGGCAGAUGCUCCCACGGGGCCCUCGGACAAGAUAGCUCUGCAAUCCAGGUUGCCUUAGCCAGGGCACCUCCAGGGAUUGGGUUUGCAUAGCCCUAUAUCCCAAACCAUGCCUGGGACAUAUCCCUGUAUCCCAAAUCACAGCUGGUUUUAGUAGGUGUCCAGUGCCACAUUUAGAGCUCAAAGACCUCACCCCACGGUUUAUGCAGGAGGUGCAUCAGUUCCUGAGCAAAGCAAGCACCCAUUGUGUGAAAAACUCUUUGGAGAGCGCACAUCUUCAUUUUGUAGGAUAUAGAUUGUUCCUAAGCAACAGGCAGCACUUAGUGCCACGGGAAGAGGUCGACCUGCACGGGGAGCCGUGAAAUUGCUGCGCUUUUAUCCUUUAAAAUUCACCUUACUGGUGAAGAGACAAUGUAGGCUCAGAGAUGUGCAUUCUGCAGGUGCAGAUGGGGACAUGUUUGGAACGGGAGUGACUUUCAUAACCUGCUUGGCCUGCUGGAGAAGCAGCCCCUGUAACCAGACAGGUCAUCCCAGUUCCUCCAGCCCAAGGCGCAGAUGCAGCUGGGCACAGCCAUGAAGUCAUCGCUGCUCUUCAUGGCCAAGUAGGACUCAAAAGAUCUCAAGUGAUGAGUUUGCUGGGAAUGAUGUGUCAAAUCCUGCUCCCAGAGAAGUUCAGCUCGGUGUAUAUCCACAUUCAGGGUCCUGCAGAGGAGGUGGGAAUCCCAGUGCCAGGCUGUUCUACCCCAGAAGCUGCCAGAUGAAGGCUGGGUUUGCUUGUCCGUGCUCCUCGGGGUCCGAGGUGCCUCUGUGCCCUCUCAGACUGCUCUGUGCAAGCAGCACAUGCAGAAGGCAGCGUCUCCUGACACCCAAUUCCCAUCUAGAUUUUAACCUCUUGAUUUCGCAGGAGAAACCCUUGGGAACAGCUCACAGGCACCAGCACCGCCAUAGGCACCACAGCUCAGGGCCAUGGCAGCUCCCGUGCCCUGCUCUGUGGGGCUGAGCCGUGACUCCCCACUGCUCCUCAUGCCCAAGGACAGCACCUCAAAGCCCCCAGGGGACAGCUCCUCAGCCCUGCAGGGACCCUGCCCAUGGCACUGGCCAGCAUUCCUGAUUCUGCCAGCAGCUCAGGAACAUCCAGGGCAGACACAGCUGGCUGCAGUCCAACAGGGUCCCCAGUCCACUCCCCUUAUGCCUACCCACAAGCCGGCUCACCUUCUGGCUGAGGCCCUCAGAAGGACUCGUGAUCUUCUGUGGGGUGGCAGCAGAGACAGGGACCCAUCCCACGCAGUGCUGCUGGCCUCUGUCGCGUUCCCACAGAGCACAUCCCUCCUCGGCUUCCUGCAGCUUCCCUGGGCUGCCCAUCCCAGAGGGGCCAACCAAGGCAGAAUGUUCCUCUUUGUCCUUCCUGUAAUAAAGGCUUCAAGAGCUCGGGCUGUGUGUGUGUGUAUUGAUGUGAAUUCCACAAAAUCCAGAAACUGCAGCUCACUCACUUCCCAGGUGAUGCCAGCUUGGAUGUGGUUACUUCUGUCCCAGUCCUGGGCAGUGGCAGAUCCUUGGAGGUCAGGCUGGGAUUAGUGCUGGACCAGGUUGCUCCCAGCGCCAUCCAGCCUGGCCUUGGACAUUUCCAGGGAUGGAGCAGCCACAGCUUGUCCAGGCAACCUGUGCCAGGGCCUCACCAUCCUCAGAGCCAAGAAUUGCUUUCCAGUAUCCCAUUUAACCCUGCCCUCUGUCUGACUGAAGCCAUUUCCCUUGUCCUGUCACUGCUGGUGUUGAUUCCUUCUCUCUUCAUUUCAUCCCAUCACAAUCUCUAUUACUUCACUCUUGAUUAAAACCCCUGAAUUUCCCUAAAUUACUCUUCCUAGCCUUUUUCUCCCCCCAGCUCCCAGCUCCACCACCCACUCAUUCCCAUCACUGCAGGACCAUUUAAAAUCCAUAUAUCCAUCCUGGAGAACUGAUCCACAAAGAGGAUGACAUUUUCUCUUCCAUGUUUCCAGACUAGACUAGAAUUUGCAGUUAUUGAGCACUGGGAAAGAAAAUCCCAACCCUCGGGUCCCCCGUUGAGAUGUUUUGCUCAUUCCCCAAAU